ACGUGCGUAUUUGAUGUGAGGCAGCAUGGCUUCAUCGGCUAAACGGCGAGCAGUUGGAUUGGGUGAAAAUCCUGAGGAAAGUGAUGGAGACAGCUCAGAUGAGGGAUUAGUGGAAGAGGGGGAUUCAGGAGACGAGGACAGCGAAGAAUCAGAGGAUGAAGCGAUAAACCAGGAGGUCGUUGUAGAUUUUGAGGCACAUACGAUAUCUGACAACGACUUCGGUGGGAUAAAGAAACUCUUACAACAGUUAUUCCUUAAGGCUAAAGUGAACACAUCAGAGCUUACUGACAUCAUUAUCCAGCAGAACCAUAUUGGAAGUGUCAUUAAGCAAGCAGAGGUGCCUGAGGACAGUGACAGUGACGAUGACCUAGAUGAAGUGUUUGGUUUUAUCACCUUGUUAAAUCUCACUGAGAGAAAGGGCGUGCAGUGUGUUGAACAGAUUAAAGAGCUGGUGCUGGAGCAGAGUGAGAAGACAUGUCCGCAGAACGUGACCGAGCGUCUGGAGAAGGUUCUAAACGACACAGUCGAGCCAGUGGGACUGCUUCUGAGUGAACGCUUCAUCAAUGUACCCCCCCAGAUCGCUUUGCCCCUGCAUAAGCAGCUCCAAGAGGAGAUGACGGAGGCCCAGAGGACCAAUAAGCCUUGUGGAAAGUGCCGCUACAUCCUGAUGAUUAGUAAGACGUGUAUGGAGGCAUCGAAGAAUGCACCUAAAGGAAAUUUGAUGUUUGUCAACGCCGAGGAGGAGUUCUUCUAUGAACAUGCUGCUGAGAAGUUCAGCUACUCAGUGCAGGAGGAGGCCGACUCGUGUCUGACCGGCAGGUGGUCCUUUAACGACGUGCCCAUGAAACCUUACCGCACAGUGAUGCUGAUUCCAGCGGACAAAACAGGGGCAAUCCUGGACAAGCUGAAGGAGUACCUCUCUGUGUGAAGGUCACCAUGGAAACCCCUGGAGCUCUCUGUGAUCUCUAUGGAUCAUAUGUAGUGUAUGGACUAAAUGAGAUCUCCUUUAGAACAUGGGAGAUCCUUUGACAUAUUUUGAGGUGUUUCCCUUUGAAACUCAGGAGAAAUCAUGGAAAGACCCUGUCCCCCCACGUCUUAUGUCUCGUGUGACGUGUAAAGUGCAAACAAUUCUGGAAGAUUCACUCUGUAUAUUCUUUUAAAGCAGUCGUUGGAAUUUAGAUGCUUUUUCAGAACCCCCUCUCCACAUUAAAAAAAAUCCUUCCUGGAUCCUUCUACCUCCAAACUCUAAACCAGCUCUGGUUCAGUUCACACCAGUGAAAUAAUUUAUUCUUUCAGAUUCAGAUCCACAUAAUGUAUAUAAUACCAGUUGCCCUAAACAACAAAAAAGUUUAAAAUAAAAAAUUAAACAAACAUUUCC